AUGUCGAACGGCGACAACGGUUCUAAACAGGCCAAAGCUCUGGAAAAGGAGCGCAAGGUAUCCCUUGUGAAAUCGCGAUUAGCAGCUUCAAUUUGUAAUGCAAUGAUGCGUAUGAUAGCAAGCUAUCAGACAUCAUUUGAUUACGCAUUACAAGUUGGAACAGCUGGCAAGGAUGAUUUUACGUAGCAUGCAAGGCCAUCGAAAAGAUCAUGAACGAGUCCGACGACAUGUUCUGUGGGUUCGUCAAGCUGCAAAUCCUGGACCAAGACGCCUACCCGCGGCAGAUCAAGGGUGCAGAUAUCGGCGGGGUUGUGCAUGUGGAGAAGAAGGUAUGAGAGUGCCUAAGAACUCCUACUCCACCUCAUCUACAGAGGGGUAAAGAUGCUGCUCAGCAACACAACCAACAGCAGAAAUGACGCUUUUGCAUGACAAAUCUUAAUCCGUGCAUGUGCCGUAGUAUCGAGUUUUGAAUGUAGUUCUUGGCGCUUGUCAUGCAAGGUAGUGCUCCGAGGCGGUAUAUUGUUAUUGAGGUUCACGAUCACGUUGUGUUUUUGCAUCAUUACAAACGAAGGCAAGAGGGAGUUCUUGCGCCCUCUCAUAGAAGGAAGGCGGCAAAGUCUUCCUGAAGGCAACCUUUUCGGCGAAUCCGCUGUUUUACCUGGAGCUGCAACGUGACAACAACAUGUUUCUCGCCGGCGAAAUGUGGUACGGAGACGCGAUAUUGAGAGGAAAAAUCCCUCCUCCCCAUAUUGAAAAGGUAUGUUUCCGAGAAUUUGCGUUGCUGAUUUGUGACCACAAAGCAGGUUUGUCUCGCAAGAAGACAAUCGCAGAGGCAUUCCCCCAAUUGUGAAGCGAUCUCGCAUGCUGUUGGUCCUAGAGGGUAGCCGUUUGCAAUGCUGAACAACUAGACCUGAGCGCUCCCACCCAGGCUGCGGAUCUGGCAGGAGUGUCGUACUGCAAGACAAGUCGGAUUUGUGUACAGAAAUCAGCAUCAGAAAUUUUUAUUUUGAUAUGGGGAGGAGGGAUUUUUCAUUUUGAUACGCGAAGCGCGGGCGGGGGGGGGACGAAAGACGCAGCAUCUUCGUUGAACUUCUGUUCUUCCCCGACGAGUUAUAAUUUCGC